UGGACUUGCCUUGUGGGAAGCUGACAAUGAGUCUUACUCCUUCCAAAGACUGAAUCCAGGAGUUGGGAGUCCUGUAGUCAGAUCGCAGUAACAGGGAAUUUAAAGGAUUGCAAGCUCUGCGGGUGGACUCCAGGGAUCCCUGAUAAAGUUUGUCUAAUCCUUUGAUUGCAAAUGUCUUGCAACAAAUAAGGAACCUCUCUCUUGGACCAUCCCGGCGUUUCCAUUGCUUGUUGCUUAUGUAGGUCUGUGUCUUUAGAUCAUCUACAUCAUGGCCGUCGUCGAGGCUCUCCCAUUAUCCAUUGACCAGAAUUCCGAGGUCGCCAUCUCCCCAAGUCAACCAGACGGGCAGUCGCCCAUCACCGUAAGCAACAUGGGAAGUGUGAGCAGUCUCAUUUCUGGGAGACCGUACCACGACAAGCAGUGCCGGGCCUCAGAGUUUAGCAGCAAGUGCCGUAAGCCUGCAGGAGUGCCAAAUCUGUUUAAACAAGAGGGACUGCUAAAAAAUAACUAUUCCUCUCAGGAUCCUCUUUUUAACGGACUGCCUACAAAGAAACCUUGUGCCGUUACUUCUGGAAAUAAUGGGAAUUAUGCAUAUGUCAAUGAAGAUUUCAAAGAGGAAUGGCAGGAAGCACGAGCCCCCAUCAGCCCUUGCAGCGAUUUGGAAGAUAUAAGGGAGGAGCGCACCUUCAAUGGAAAUAUUAGAGGUCCACCACCCAAACUCAUCCCGGUCUCUGGAAAGUUAGAAAAGAACUUCGAAAAGACCCUCAUAAAGCCCACCGCUUUCAAACCAGUAGUGCCGAAAAAACGCAACUCCUCGCUUCAGUACCUUGUUCAACGCAAUGGAGGAACAAACAUUUCAGAAAGCCAGGGUAGCCUAAACCUUCUGUUUAAUGGAAAUUCCACAGGAACGAGCGAGAAGCAUGGUUCCUAUAGCUGCAGGAGCAGCACUAACUCUGGCACAAUGUCGGACUCAGGACGUAACUCACUGUCUAGUCUUCCAACUUACAGCACAAACUGUAGUCAGCAACUAGAGCCGGUCAGUAUCUCCAUGGGCCACAUUAACUUGGAUAAUCACAGCAACUUAAAUGGAUAUUCUGACCGACCAUCCAAAAGCCGGACACGACCGUCAAACUCUGACAGUGGACGCUCUUCUUCCAGUAAGAGUACAGGGUCAUUAAGUGGAAGGGGCAACCCAUCAUCUGAUAGCGGAUCUUGUGAUCGGUCUCCAAUCAAUGAAGAAAUUCUCAUUAGGGAAUUGGAAGAGAAAUUAAAGGACCGGGAGUUGGAACUUCAGCAGCUGAAGGAAAACCUGGAUGAAAAUGAAGUCGCCAUUUGCCAGGUCUACGAAGAAAAGCAGAAACGCUGUGAGCAAGACAUGGAGGACCUACGGCAGACCUUCACCUUUAAAAUGAAGCAGGCGUCCCAGAAGGCACAACGGGUGCAGCAAGUUCUCCAGCUACAGGUCUUCCAACUUCAGCAAGAGAAGAAAAAGCUGCAGGAGGACUUUUCACAGCUGCUACAGGAGAGGGAACUGCUUGAGAAAAGGUGUGCGUCGUUUGAACGAGAACAGACUGAGCUGGGGCCUCGUCUGGAGGAGACCAAGUGGGAGGUUUGUCAGAAAUCCGGAGAAAUCUCAUUAUUAAAACAGCAGCUUAAAGACGCUCAGUCCGAGUUGGGGCUGAAAGCAAAUGAAAUACUUCUGCUUCGGUCCCAGCUUAGAGAAGCUCGAUCGGACCUUCAGGUCAGUGAAGAGCAAGUUCAGGAACUUCAAGACAAUGCUCACACAAAGACUUUGGAGCUCGAGGUUUGUGAGAAUGAACUGCAGCGCAAGAAGAAUGAGGCAGAACUCCUGCGGGAGAAAGCAAGCAAGUUGGACCAAGAGGUAGCCAGUCUCAGAGAGACAGCCGUAGCCAACCUGCGGCAUGGAUUAUGCCAUUGCCAAGAUAAAGAAGAUCCUUUUUUGCUUUAUGAAAGCGAUGAGGCCAAAGCUCAACGGCAAAAUGCUGACAACCUUCAGAAUUUAAAGCAGUACGUUGAGCGUCUCAGGGAGGCGCUGUCAGGCGAGCGCCGUCGAAACCAGGAGCAAAUGGAAAACUUUGAAGAAGAGCGUCGUAUAUGGCAAGAGGAAAAGGAAAAAGUGAUUCGAUAUCAGAAGCAGUUACAACACAACUAUAUCCAGAUGUACCAACAGAACAGGGAGCUAGAAAGGGACUUUAAACAGCUCACUCUAGAACUGGAAGCCAGAGAUCUGGAUGAAUUUGAUUUGCAUGGCGCAGAGAUUCAGUUUGAGGAAAUCACAGCCACAGAAAUCUAAACCCAAAAAAAAGAUGCACUACCACGUAUGCCUUUUAUAUUCCACAUUCCUUCCAACAGGGUUGCCAAAGUACCCAUCAUCCACUAACCACGUCCCAGGAGUAGAAUUAAUUUACUGCAGAGAUACCAGUAAAGCAAAAUAUCUCUAAUUUUGACUGUGAAAUGUUAUGAUUACAACAAGAUCUUAGGCCAAUAACUGGAGACGGCGCUCCCUGUAAGGUGAGAAGACAGCAAAGAAACAGUUAAAUUAACUAUUGGACAACAUUUCAUUGGAACCUAAGGGUUUUUGUUUGUUUUUAAACACAGAGUUUUAACUGUUUCACUGCUGGAUCUCUCCUCGCACAGCAGGGCUUGUGUCAACAGGUUGCUCUCUAGAUACAUUGGGACUACAAGUUCCAUGAUGCGUUUCCAGCCAGUGUUUCUGUCUGGGCAACCAAUGUCUUAGGGGGGGAACACUGGUCAACACUUUAUAAACAAAGGUGUCUACUAGCUAAAUCACGAAAUGGUCUGGAGCUGGUUAUUGUU